AUGUCAGGUAGGUUUCAGGGCUCAAAUACCGCGAAGUUUGUUAAAAAUACAGGCAAUGGGCGUUCCAAAAACCCGCAGCAAACAAUGGUGAACUCUACAGCACAGCAACUGAUAGAAACGCUGAAAAAGGAUGAAAUAGACACCAUGAUGGGCUUCGAGCGAUACAUAGCACCCCAAUUUAGUGGGAGGAUCAAAAACUGGCAGGAAACACCGGGUAGAGUGGGCUGGCUUGUCAAUAUGCAUCCGACAAUGGUUUCCGAGGAUUUCGCAAGCUCGGGCUCCAACGGCGGGCUGCCCUCUACAGGUUCGGGAAUCUCGGGUGUAGAUUUCUAUUUUUUAGACGAAGAAGGUGGAGGGUUCAAAAGCACACUUACGUUUGAUCCAUAUUUCUUGGUAGCGUGUCGCGACGAAUCUCGAGUUCAUGAUGUCGAGGAGUUUUUGAAAAAACACCUGGAGCAUUGUCUGAAAAAAGUCGAAACCGUGGUGAAAAACGAUCUGUCGCUAGGCAGUCCACUCGCAGGUCUCAACAAGGUACUACUCAAACUAACGUUUUCUAAUACCAGUAAUUUGUUUGAAGCGCGCCGAACUUUGAGACCCAUAAUUUUGGACAACGAGACGAACCAUUUACAGAGAUCCAUGUACAGCUCUACUUCAGGCAUUGUAGAGGAUACCAAAAGGCUUAUAUCCGACAUCCGAGAAUACGAUGUGCCCUUUCAUGUGCGUGUGGCGAUCGAUAAUGACGUUCGAGUCGGCAAAUGGUAUAAAGUGACGUCGCGCGGAUUCUUGGAGGUUGCUGAAAAAGUGGCAUUCGCUGAUCCAGUUGUCUUGGCUUUCGACAUUGAGACAACAAAAGCACCCUUGAAAUUUCCUAUAGCUACGGUGGAUCAAAUUAUGAUGAUAUCAUAUAUGAUAGACGGGGAAGGGUACUUGAUAACUAAUCGAGAAAUCAUAUCCGAGGACAUCGAAGAUUUCGAAUAUUCUCCAAAACCAGAGUAUCCUGGGUUUUUUACCAUAUUCAAUGAGGCAGACGAGCUUGCGCUUCUCGAAAGAUUUUUUGAGCACAUUAGAGACGUUCGACCUACUGUCAUUUCAACAUUUAAUGGUGAUUUUUUCGAUUGGCCAUUUGUCGAAACUAGAGCCAAGAUCAAUGGUCUUGACAUGUUCCAAGAAAUCGGGUUCGCAGUCGAUUCCGAAGGUGAGUACAAAUCGACGUACUGUGCGCAUAUGGAUUGUUUCAGAUGGGUCAAGCGUGACUCCUACCUUCCACAAGGUUCACAGGGCUUGAAAGCCGUCACACAAGCCAAAUUGGGAUACAACCCCAUCGAGCUUGACCCAGAAUUGAUGACACCUUACGCCUACGAAAAACCGCAAUUGCUGUCGGAGUACUCUGUGUCUGACGCAGUUGCGACAUACUAUCUAUACAUGAAAUAUGUGCAUCCUUUCGUUUUCUCGCUAUGCACUAUUAUUCCUCUGAAUCCUGAUGAAGUUCUGCGAAAAGGUACAGGUACUCUUUGCGAAAUGUUACUGACAGUUCAAGCAUACAAGGGUGACAUAUUGCUGCCGAACAAGCACACAGAUCCAAUUGAAAGAUUUUAUGAUGGGCAUUUGUUAGAAUCAGAGACUUACGUUGGUGGGCACGUAGAAUCUUUGGAAGCAGGUGUCUUUAGAAGCGACAUCAAAAACGAUUUCAAAAUUGACCCGGAAAUGAUAGAUGAUUUGCUGAAUGACCUACCGCAUGCUCUUAAGUUUUGCGUCGAAGUUGAGAACAAUUGCAAACUUGAAGACGUCACCAAUUAUGAGGAGAUUGAAGAGCAAAUCAAGAACCAGCUGGUAGAUUUCAAAACAAACACUAAAAGAAAUGAAUUUCCUCUAAUUUACCACGUUGACGUAGCAUCCAUGUAUCCCAACAUUAUGAUUACCAAUCGUUUGCAGCCAGAUAGUGUCAAGAGUGACCGUGAUUGCGCAGGUUGUGAUUUCAACCGUCCUGGUAAGGCAUGCGAUAGAAAGUUACAGUGGUCAUGGAGAGGAGAAUACUUUCCAUCCAAAAUGGAUGAAUAUAGCAUGGUAAAGAGAGCGCUGCAAAACGAGACGUUUUCCAAUAAAAAUAAGAAAUCAUUUAAAAAGCUUCUUUCAUUCGAAGAACUGAGCUACAGCGACCAGGUAGCCCAUAUCAAGAAAAGACUUACAGAAUAUUCAAGAAAAGUAUACCACAGGGUGAAAUCGUCUGAAGUUGUUGAGAGAACUGCUAUUAUUUGCCAGCGAGAGAACCCUUUUUAUGUGAAUACUGUCAGAUCUUUCAGAGACAGAAGAUACGAGUUCAAAGGACUGGCAAAAACGUGGAAACAGAAACACGCAGCCAUUGACAGUGAUCAAAAGCAUGAAAGAGACGAGGCGAAAAAAAUGAUCAUUCUCUAUGACUCUUUACAACUUGCGCAUAAGGUCAUUUUGAACUCUUUUUACGGAUACGUCAUGAGAAAGGGAUCAAGGUGGUAUUCAAUGGAGAUGGCGGGCAUUACUUGUCUGACCGGAGCUACAAUCAUUCAAAUGGCCAGAUCCGUUGUAGAAAAGAUUGGAAGACCAUUGGAGCUGGACACAGACGGUAUUUGGUGUAUCAUACCUCAAUCUUUUCCUGAUAAUUAUCAGUUCAAGUUAAAAAACGGCAAAAAGCUCUUUCUAUCUUACCCAUGCUCCAUGUUGAACUACAAAGUACACCAAAAGUUCACAAACCAUCAAUAUCAAAAUUUGGUGGACCCCGUCAAUCACCGAUACGAGAUUGGGAGUGACAAUUCGAUUUUCUUUGAGGUAGAUGGUCCUUACAAAGCUAUGGUUCUUCCAACGUCAAAAGAAGAAGGCAAGGGCAUUAAAAAAAGAUACGCAGUCUUCAAUAAUGAUGGUUCCUUAGCUGAGUUAAAAGGUUUCGAGCUUAAAAGAAGAGGAGAACUGCAACUAAUCAAAAAUUUCCAAAGCGACAUUUUCAAGGUUUUUUUGGAUGGCGAUUCAUUAGAGGGCUGCUAUGCAUCAGUUGCUUUGGUUGCAAACAGAUGGCUUGACGUUUUAGAUUCUAAAGGUGUUAUGCUAGAAGAUGAAGAUCUAAUAGAUCUUAUUUGCGAAAACAGAAGCAUGUCUAAAACUCUGAAAGAGUAUGAAGGUCAAAAAUCCACGUCUAUCACAACCGCUAAAAGGUUAGGUGAGUUUCUCGGUGAAGAAAUGGUAAAAGACAAAGGGUUACAAUGUAAGUACAUUAUUAGCUCCCGUCCAGUGAAUGCGCCCGUCACUGAGCGUGCAAUUCCCGUUGCCAUCUUCUCUGCCGACUUGAGCUUGAAGAGAGUAUUUUUGAGGAGAUGGCUGGUCGAUUCUUCGUUGGAAAAUUUCGACCCCAGAGCGAUAAUAGACUGGGAAUACUACAGGGAAAGACUGGCGUCUGUUGUACAGAAAAUCAUCACUAUACCUGCUGCAUUGCAAAACGUGAAAAACCCUGUCCCAAGGGUUGAACAUCCCGAAUGGCUCAGAAAGAAGAUUGCAACUAGUGAAGACAAAUUUAAGCAAGCGUCACUGAAUUCGUUUUUCAAGAAGGCUACACCAAAACCGGCUCUUACCGAUAUUGAAGAAGCAUUCAAAGAGCAGCCGCUUGCAGUGGCGAAUCGCAGAGUCGCAAAAGUGACAUCCAAGCGUAGUUCGAAGCGGAAAACCGCAGACGCAGAGGAGAAAGAGGCUGCUUUGGUUCUUCCUUCAGUAAUGCCAUCUAUGACAGAAGACUAUGUGGCUUGGCUUUCAUAUCAGAAAAUAAAGUGGAAAAUUCAAGACCGCGAUCGCCAGCGGAGAACACAGCUCUUUGGUGAUCGCACGAGGGCCAAUCAAAGAAGCGCCUUAGGUAACAUAAUGCGGAAACAUGCUGAAUCUUAUGCCAAUUCUACCUGGGAGAUAUUAGAAUACAAAGAGACGCUAGAGCCGGGGGUACUAGAUGUUUCGGUUCUUCUAAAUGGUAAAGUUCACAAACUGAAAUUCAUCAUUCCAAAGAGUGUUUACAUCAAUUUCAAGUCCAAAACACUUCCAGUUAGAGGGAUCGAAAACUGCACAGUUGAAAAGUCCACAGCCCUUCUACCUAAUAACGCUACAGCAAGUUUUGAAGAUCCCAGCCCUCUUUUUAAACUCACUCUCUCAGAAGACUCGUAUUUGCAGGAAACUAGCAGGCCAUCAAGUCUUUUCAAUCACGAUCAAGUCUUGGGCAUAUAUGAGUCUUCGAUCACAUCAGCUGAGCGAGCCAUUCUGGAACUAGGAUCUGUGGUGGAAUUUGACUCAAGUGUCAUUGGUGCAUUAGGCAAAGGUCUACAGAAGGGUUUCGAUCCGAAAAACCUACACCCAGUAUCGCCCCAGCGCUACUUAAACAAAUUUUCCAUCAGCGUGGGAUAUCUGCUGCAUAUGACAACUAACCUCGGCUACGAGUUCUUUGUUUCAUAUAAGAGCUGGAACUCGGAGGCAGAUAUUUUUGUGCUGAAACCCUCAACUAACGCUCAGGAAUUCAGUGUGAGUGCUUUGCAGUCUAUAUUCAAAGAGCUUCACUCACAAAAAUCUGAGAAACUGGAUCGAUUUUACGAUCUGAUGAAAAUACCUUCUAACUUUGACAUCAAAAUGCAUUCUUUUAUCGACUUGAGGGUUCUGUAUCGCAAGUUAUCCUCAAUGAUCAACAAAAUUAAUGAAGAAAAAGGAUCGCAGCUUUUGAUGCUACUUUCUUCGCCAUACUGUCAAAAGCUGAGACAUGUAAUCAAGCCGCUCCGUCAAAUACCUACUGUCGAAAUGUCCUCCGCCGAAGCCCAUUUUCCACAAUUGAAUUGGCAGGUUCCAGUGAUGAAACGAAUUUCCAACCAUAUCCUAAGUCUUGGAUCAUGGCUACACAACCUGAUAUCUUUAUCUCGUUACAGCAAUAUACCUAUUUGCAACAUCAGACUUGACAAAAUGUCUUUCGUCAUCGACGUAAUGUACGCGAGAAGCCUAAAAAAGAGUAACAUUGUUCUUUGGUGGAACGAUGUAAAUCCCAUACCCGAUCUUGGUGGAAAAGAGAGAGACUUCGAUCCUCACAUGGCCUCUUUGAUGAGUGACCUCGAUCUCUUUGUCAUAAACUCGCCAUCCAUAUAUGACAGUGUUACAUUGGAGUUUGAAAUGAGCAACCUAACAGUGAACACUGUGCUAACUUCUGCCGUGAUCAAUGAAGCGGAGGGCAGCGACUUGAUGGAGGUAGAUAAUUCCAGUUCUGAUGUCCUACGAACCACCACGAAUAAAGCGUUCGUGGAAGAUAGUUUUGCAAGCGCUUCCCUGUCAGUGCUGAGAGCUCUUCUCAAAACCUUUUGGGAUAGCGCCCUGGAAGAAAACGAAACGGCAGACUCUCUGGUGCAUACUUUCAUUCAUUGGGUUCAGUCCCCAGACUCAAAGCUGUUCGACUACGCGUUGAAGUACCAUGUUCAUAAUCUCACCAAGAAAGCUAUUUUACAGCUCAUGAAUGUAUGCAAAAACCUUGGGUCCGAAGUGGUUUAUGCGGACCGUGGAAAACUUCUCCUGAAGACGAAAAAGAUAACGGUUGAAAGCUGCUAUGCGUACAGUCAGUAUAUCGUUAAGGCUAUCAGAACUUCACCUUUGUUUGGUCUUCUAGAUUUAUCAAUCCGCAGGUAUUGGGACUUGCUUCUGUGGAUUGAUCCGCAUAACUUCGGAGGCAGAGCAUGUAUCGAUAUUGUUGAUCAAGAGCGCCAAGAUCUUCGAGCAUACUCAGAAUGGCACAUCAAGAGUUUCCUGCCCAGGAUCUACCAGCAAGAAUUUGACGACUGGAUGAUGGUUAUACUGGAUAGUAUGGUGAAGUCGAAGGAGGAAUAUCAUGGUGACAACAGAGACUCACAGCGUUUGACUCAGCUGUCUCGCGAGGGGGUUGUGUUGGAGAAAGAUGAAGAAGAGAGCGGUGUGCUCACCGGAUUCACAAAUCGUUUCGGCUCUGCUUUAAUAAAGCGGAUGGAAAAGCUGUUACGGACACAGAAAGAAUGCAUUUUGGACCCAAAUUUCAUGCCCGACUACACUCCGCCAGUACUUCCCGGUUCACACCUUAAAAUUAGAAACCCACUCCUCGAGCUUGUCAAAUAUUUGUGCCACAUCAUGCUCUUAUCCGAAGACCACAAAUUAGAGGUCCGUGGUUUGCGGAAAAGCUUGCUGAAGGUCUUUGAAGUGCGCGAGUUUGAUUGGGAGGCUGAAUUCAAAAACCCAAGCUCGUCACUCGAGGUCAGCAACUUGGCCUGUGAACAUUGUAGCUUCAUUACAGAUCUGGAUUUCUGCAAACAAGAUAGUGUCGUCCAUUUAAGUUGUGAACAGUGUCGGAAACCCUUCAAUCCCACGCUUUUGCAAGAAUAUUUGAUUCAAACGCUACAAAUUGAUUUACAAAACUACUACAUGCAAGAUCUCAGAUGUGCCAAAUGCGGCAAAGUGAAAGACGACUUGAUGUCUGCUCAUUGCCCGUGUUCCGGUAGCUGGAAGAACUCCAUUUCAGAAAAGGAUUUGACUCAAAAAUUGACCACAUAUCAAAGAGUUGCAAGGUAUUUUGAGUUCGAAUUGCUGAGCUCAACGAUCAAUGAGCUGGUAACAGGAGUUACUUUGGCAUGA